CAGCGCGCGUGCGCACGACACGCGCUGCGCGCCGGAAGAGCACGCCCAGUCCGGGCUGCGCGAAGGAAGCGCUGGCGUCCCGGAGGGCGGGGGUGACGGCGCCAGAGGUCGCCAUGGCUACCGAGCCCGAAGCCGCGGAGCCAGUGGUGCCUUCGCUCGUGGAUCGAUACUUCACUCGCUGGUACAAACCGGAUGUCAAAGGAAAAUUUUGUGAGGACCACUGUAUACUACAGCACUCUAACCGAAUAUGUGUCAUCACAUUGGCAGAAUCUCAUCCAGUUCUUCAAAGUGGAAAAACAAUUAAAAGCAUUUCCUAUCAGAUCAGUACCAACUGUAGCAGACUUCAGAACAAGGUCUCUGGGAAAUUUAAGCGGGGAGCACAGUUUCUAACAGAGCUUGCACCUCUCUGUAAGAUUUACUGCUCAGAUGGUGAAGAAUAUACUGUGUCUAGUUGUGUUAGAGGACGUUUGAUGGAAGUGAAUGAAAACAUUCUCCAUAAGCCAUCUAUUCUUCAAGAAAAGCCAUCUACUGAAGGCUACAUUGCAGUUGUGUUACCCAAAUUUGAAGAAAGUAAAAGCAUAACAGAAGGGUUACUGACACAAAAACAAUAUAAAGAAGUCAUGGUGAAACGCCUUAAUGCCACAACAGCUACGUCAUGAGGAUUGACAUGGAACAAAAAGCAAAGCGGGAUUCUUGUUACCUGGCCUAAACCGUCAGGGUACUAAAGGAGAAGAACCAGUAUAUGUAAAGCAUACCUAACAGCCAGCCAUAUGCAGGGGAGGCCUAGUGCUUCACUUAGUUUUCCUUCUCUGUUUUCGUAAUGAGCCUUGGUUCCCAUUUGUCUACAGCCUGCCAGAUCUGGCCUGCCCAUGUACUCACGCUGUUCUCUUGCAUCUCUCUAACAACUGGCAUGCAAAGGAUGUUUUUCUGAUUAAAAACAAACAAAGCUGUUUGAAUAAAAUUUAGAAAAUACAGAAAAGUUUUAAGUAGCCAAGUAAAAAUAAUUUACCCAUCAUCCCAUAAUCCAGAAGUAAAUACAUUUGACCCUUGAGCAACAUGGGUUUGAACUGCAUGGGUCCACUUAUGCAUGGACUGUUUUCAACUAUAAACGAAUCAAAAAUAUAUCAUUAACCAAACACGAAACCCACUUAUAGAGCAGGUUCAUAUACUCAGAUUCCAAAGGGCCAACUGCAUGACUUGAGUUCUCAUGUAUGGAUUUGGGUAUAUGUGGAAGGUCCUGGAACCAAUCCCCUAUGUAAACCAAGGGAUAACUACUACAUUUUAACCUACUUCUGUUUGAACAUAUGGUAUGGUUAUAGCUUUUGCCUCAUUUUCCUAACAGUUUGAAGUUUAAAAAAACCUAACCUGCCUUUCUUACCCAGUCUCCUACAAUGUGCCUACCAAAAAGCCUAGUCCUAGCUCAUCUGCUUCAACUCCUCUCCCUUUUAGAUUGUAGGGAAGAGGCCGGAGUGUAGAGUAUAUUAUAUCUUCUGUCCCCCUUAUGCCAACAAGAUGGCCUUCCCCUCUGAAACAAAGUAAAACUGCAACAGUGUGACUUCUUAAAUGAGGGAUAUGUGAAAAGGCUAUGAAAAAUACAAAGGCUUUCCUAGGAAAUGUGUUUGUUAUAAUGCAGUGGGAAGCUAAUUCUUGAAAUAUGCACAUUAUAGUUACUCAGUCUCACAUAAUCUAGUUACCAGCAAAGAAGUUACUGAGAAUAUGUCAUUCAAAGGCAUAGAGGCCUUUGAAUGGAACAAAUGCUUUCACAUCACUUAAAGUAAAAAAAAAAAAACCUCCAACUGUGAAUUUAUAGUUUAAGAGUGAUUUACACUGAAUUUCAAAUAAAAGGACUAUAAAACAUGUUAUUUUUCUGUAAGGGCUAUAACAUACAUUUCAAUAUCCCUGUUUUUAAAUAAAAUAUCCUUUUAUACAGAAGACAUCAUUCGAUGUAUAAAUUCCAUUGGUUAUCUAUCCUCUUAUGCUGUUGAAGUCAUAAGUUACCCCUUCCCAACCCCCACUUGCUCUUUCAUUAGAGAAUAUUAUUUUUUCAGGUAUGCAAAAAUAUUAUCUAAUGAAAGUACAAGUGGGGGUUGGAAUUUUUAAGUUUUAAUUAUUUACAAAAUAAUACUUAUUUUGUAAAUAUUUUGUACUUAUUUACAAAAUAAUACUUAUUUUGUAAAUAGAACUUAACAUUUUGAUUCAUAGGAAAAACUUGUAAUCUGAGUGCCAGCAUGACUAUCCCCCUAAAUAUACCCCCCAGACAUGAUACGUGUACUAAGUGGAUAAACACCUCCACGAUGGUGCUAUUAGCUGAAAAUAUAAACAAACCAGCAGAUCCUCACUUUUAAGUAGCACAAUGACUCUUAAAGGCGUCAUAAAACUAAGACAGUAAACAGUAAAAGAAUUGUUUAUAACAUUUUACAUAUAACAUUACCUUACAUCAUUCUCCCAUUAUUUCUGUUGUAAUUUAAAAGAAUACUUUGGUUUCAGAGAAUUAAAAUCAUGCUUAAUGAUUUUGACUGUUUAAGGAAAGAUUUUAAAAAGGUUAUUAACAGAGCUGAGUGCAUCACAUUUUCUCCCGAAGGACUACAGUGAAAAUUUACCUCAAUAAAAUAUUGACUAGCUGUGGUCAA